GAAAGUUUUAUUAUAUUCAUAUAUAAUUACAUAUUGAUUUUCUACAAGAAAGUAGUAUGUUAUUGAUAAGUUUCAGUCGGCAUAGCAACCUAACAGUUGUCAUUUUGUGAUUAGGUUGUUAAGUUUUAAUGUAAAUUAAUAUGGCAAAGGUUAAAGGCAACGAAGACUGGGACAAAUGGGUCCCAGAAUAUGGGAAUGCAAGUAGGAAAGGCCUCCUUUCCGAUGGAACAGAAGAAAACCCUUUGAUAAAUGACUUGACUAUAACUAAAGAAGAUUAUAAAUGGCCCAAGUUCGAAGUGGGCCCGCAUGCCCGGAAGAAGAGAUUAUUGAGACAAUUUCUAUACCAAGAAAUCUCCCAGAGAUACCUCACUGAACUGGGUGGCCAUGAAGAAACGUUCAAGAUGGAGAAAGAUACCACAUACAAGUCUGAUUUCCAAGGAGGUGGUUUUCAAGUUGCAGAUAUUGUUGACAGUGCAGAUCCAGAGGUUAUUUCUAAGUAUCCACUUUACACUGACCAGGCCCACUCAGUUUACUUGGACAAAAUAAAGAAUAUCAAGACAUCAUUUGUUUCCUUCGAUCCUCAGUCUGUUUUCAGGAAGUCAUCAUUUUUUUCUAAGCCUUUCUAUGCAGAACUGGAAUGAACGAUAUUGAAUUGUGAAUGAUGUGUAACUCUUGAGGCCACAACCUCAUUUAAAAGUUUAAAAAUAAUUUACAAUAAAUGGUGAUGAUGUUACUUAAUCAAA